UUAAGGAAAUUACCCAUAAACAAGUGUGAGGUUUCUUAGCUUGAUGUCUUUGUUGCAAUACUAAUACACAAAAAAACAUGGUUUUCCCUUUCUCUUGGAUCUUGGCGCUGUUGCCAUUUGAGUCUAAUCCAGUUGACUGCUUUUUUCAAGGAAUUGUCGGCGCAUGUGGAGUAUCAGUGCUGUGCAGUCUGACGAGAGUGUACUACUUCACCCAAAUGUGCAGUAAAACUGAGAGCAAUGAGAAGACACCUUCAGCAAGAAGUCCAUUCACAGCACACUGGAGAUUUUUAGUCCACUUCUGGGCUUUGACAGGCCUCCUGUCUUUGGUUGGCUCGCGUGUUUCAUCUCUGAUUGUUCUGGAGUUUUCCCUGCGGGCCGUCUCUGCCUUUGUGUCUACCCGACCGGAUUCUGGUGGCAGGGGCGUUCAAUUUCUCCUCAUCCAGAGCCACUUCUCGCUCGGGUGCAGCAUCACUUGUACGCUGUACUUCCUCCAUCAGGGAGCGCCACACAGCUCCCUCAGCUUGUUCCUGGCUGCCGCUCUCAGUUGGGCGUUGUCGGGCUUCUGCAGCUCCCUGUGGAGUCACGUGGGCCGACUGUACCCUCUGCACAGCACGGAGCGCUACUGUGGGAAGUGCAUCACCCUGCUGGCCUCAGGACACACCCUGCUGGCCUCGCUAAAAAGACUGGUUGUUUUAGUCUUUGCGGUGGCGGCCGUGGCCUCCCUUGCCACAGUUUAUGACCACUUCCUGUCCCAGAAGGAGGCGCUCAAGUUUUGGACACCGCUCACACUUUGUUACUCAAUGCUGGUGGUGUAUAAUCAAGAGGAUCAACAACGUCAGACGGGUGCAGAGGCCCUGCUGCACACUGUGGUGGUGCGACUCGGGGCCUUGCUGGUUCUGAUGCUGACUGUGGGGAACUGGUCUGAUGUACUCCAUGUCCUCGUCACUUUCCUGGGGGAAGCUGUCUGCCUGUGGUCCUCGCAGGACCUGCUACAGAUCGUCUUAAAGGAAGAAGAAGAAGAAGAACAAGAGACCCACAUGAGAAAAUAUGGACAAAGCUACAGAAAAAGGGACUACACAAGUAAAACACUAUCAAAAAACAGCUGAAGUCUCCCUCCAAUACAAUGUUAAUAAAUAUACUCAUGUUUGAUAUAUUUUUUAAUGAAUUGUGAUUGAUUUCCAACAGCGGGAAAGCAUGAUACCCCAUGGGGUGUCCUAAUUUAUUCAUGACUGGAAAUUACAUUUGUGGCGCCCCCUACGGGUUGUGCUCAAAAUGCCUUGGAAGACAUGCUUGCAUGCAGGCAUGGCUGAAAGUUCUGAGAAUGAGACAAGUACGGUGGCGUCUUGUUAACAUCAUUAAUCCGCUCCAGAAGGUCCGACUCAAACCAAAAUCAACCCAAGCAAAUUUUCCCGUACGUAAAAUAACGUAAAUCCAUUGAUUCCGUUCCAGACACCCAAAAAUGUAAACACAUUUUAUAGGCAAUAAUUAAAGUUUUACAUGCAGAAAAGAUAAUGGUUUUGUUUUAUUUGAACAGGCAUGCAAGUUACAAUGGAAUACAUCACAUAAUUCAAUUCACAGUUCCACAUGUCCAAAAGGAGUAGGAUGAAUCUAAGCUUAUUUAAUCCUACCCUCUAUCCGUUCCACAUCUUUUACAGUACAUUUAUUCACCUCCUGUAUUUCAUGUGAUUUCUGAAUACAUAGAAGAAUGAUAAGGUAAUGUAACAAUAUGAUGAUGUAAUUAAGGUUUUUCACAAUAAAUAUGAAUCAUAUAAUAAUCAGUGUAAUAAUAGAGAAAAGCGUAACAAAACAAGUUCAAUACUCUUCUUCCUUGUACAGUAGAUGCCCCUACAACGUAAAUAAUCCGUUCCGAGAAUGUUUACGUUAUAGGGUUUUUACGUUAUACGAAGCGUAAAAUACAUGUAAAUAGCCUAAUCCGUUCCAAGAUCUUCCCAAACUCACCCCUCUAGCCCUUCAAAAUAUUCAAAGUCCACCAAAUAUGGUGGGAAAAUAUAAGAAAACGUUAGCAUAAACAUAGUAGAGUAACAUUCCAAUAUAAAAUAAGGUAAUAAAUAAGAUUACUGUAAUGAAUAAAACUGAAAAACAAAAACAAUCAACUAGUUUAAGGGCGACUACGAUGAGGAAGGGAGGUUGAAGGGAGAAGCCGGUCUCUCACACAAACUCACGUACGCGCUGUACAAGUCAGCCAAUGAGAUGAGAGCGUAGGCGGUGCCCCGAUAAUCAGCCAAUGAGAUGAGAGCGUAGGCGGUGCCCAGCUAAUCAGCCAAUGAGAGCAUGUAGUGUCAGAAGGUGUCAGCAAGUGUACUCUGUUAGUCAUGGAAAAUGUUUCCCUCUCUCUGUCGCGCGAGCUAUUCAAAUUGAAUUUCUGAACUUGCACCGACUUGACGCUUUACGUUAUAUGGAAUUUCUUACGUAAUACGAUGCAAAAAUUUUACAUAAAUUCUUUACGUUCAGUGGAAUUUACGUAAAAAGAGGUUUACGUUAUGCGAGGUACUACUGUAUUUUGCAAACAUCAACUGCUUAUAUUUUUUCUUGAAUUCACUCAUCUUGGUGCAUUGUUUGAGUUCUUUACUCAAUCCGUUCAAUAAUUUAAUUCCACAUAGUGGAAUGCUGUGGGUUUUUAGCGUUGUUCUCGCAUAUAAUUGUUUCAAGUUUAGCUUUUCCCUAAGAUCGUAUUUCUCCUCUCUUGUAGAAAAGUAUUGCAUGAUGUUUUUGAGUCGUAGGUUAUUGUUAGCUUUAUGCAUUAUUUUUGCUGUUUGAAAAUGUACUAAAUCAGCGAAUUUUUAUAUUUGUGAUUUAUAAAAAUACAUUUGUAUAUUCUCUAUACGCAGCAUUAUGGAUUAUCCUCACUGAUCUUUUUUGUAGUACAUUUAGCGGGUGAAGAUUGCGUUUAUAGUGUUUACCCCAUAUCUCCACACAAUAAGUUAGUUCUGGUAAUACCAGAGAACAGUAAAGAGUGUGGAGUGAUGUUUGAUCAAGAAAAAAUCUUGCUUUAUUUAAUAUUUAAGUAUUUCUCGCCACCUUAUGUUGUAUAUUUUUGAUGUGAGAUUUCCAGCUCAUUUUUUCCAUCUAUUAUGAUCCCCAGAAAUUUGUUUUCAUUCACCCUUUCAAUGUCCACUCCGUUUAUUUGUAUUUGGUCG